GGCGGGGCCAGAACCUGCCUGCAUUCCCCAGCCAAGGCGAACUCCUUCCUGUUGGCAUCGGUUUCUUUUCACUGACAGGCUGGAAAGUCCCGAGUCAGGCGCUUUCACAGCCCCCCACAUGUUAGCUGACAGGGGGUGCGCUGACGGCUUCGGGAAAGAGGCGGAAUCUGCAAGGAAGACGGAAUCCCGCGGGGAGAGCAUGGCCCUUCGCCUUGCCUUGCCCCCGGGGGAGUUCGCUUUCCUUUUCUACGCCCCACCGCGCCCUGGGCCAAAGCGCUGCCCUUGCCAGAUCCGACCAAAGGGUGUCCCUCUCGGACCGGCCGCCACUCCCCGCCCUGCGCCUGACGUUUGGAAACUGACGGGAGCGGAGAAUCGAAACAGAAACCGCCUGGCAAACUGGGCUUAAAGCUCCCACCGGAAUGCGCUGGGGAGCAGCCUGGUUUGGGCCGGCGAGCACUGCAGAGACCAAGCGGCCGCUCCGUCUGUCCGUCCGCAGCCGCGUCCCGCCCACCUGCCCACCUGCCCACCUGCCAGGGGCGACCUCCCCGCCGAACCAUCGGGUGCUCUGCGGGCAGCCCCGUCGCUGCCAGGCACCUUGCUGCACAGCCUGCUGCCCCCAGGCACGGGGCUGACAGCACCUGUUGAGCGGAGAACAGCAACCUGUCCGUCUAGGUGGGGGGACCUCUCCCUCCUCUGAGAAGGAACAAUGACGAAUGGGCAUUCCGCGGACAAGAAUUUCCAUUAUCUCCUCUCGUGCUUCCGGGCCAGAGUGAGAAGGUACAUCGAGGUGGAGCCCGUGCUGGACUACCUGACCUUCCUGCCUGCGGAGGUGAAGGAGCAGAUCCAGACGAGGGUCGCCACCCACGGGAACAUCGGCGCCGCGGAGCUGCUCCUGAGCACCUUGGCGAAGGGGGUCUGGCCCCCGGGCUGGACCCGCAUAUUCGUGGAGGCCCUCCGGCGAGCAGGCAACCCCCUCGCCGCCCGCUACAUGGACCCUGAGCUCAGGGACCUGCCCUCUCCCUCCAGCGAGAACGCGAACGAUGAGUGUUUCCAACUGCUGACCCUCCUGCAGCCCACCCUGGUGGAGAGGCUGCUGGUCAGAGAUGUCCUGGAUAGAUGUGUGGCCGUGGAGCUGUUGACCGUUGAAGACAGAAGUCGGAUUUCUGCUGCAGAAAAAAAUGGGAACGAGGCAGGUGUGAGAGAGCUACUGAGAAGGAUUGUGCAGAAAGAAAACUGGUUUUCUGCGUUUGUGACUGUUCUGAGGCAAACGGAGAACGAAGCCCUUGCCCAGGAGUUAACAGGUACCGACAGCAAUGCAGGAAGUGAGAAUUCAUCACAAGAAGACAGUCCUGAAGAAAAAGAGCCACUUCUUUUAGCCACAGAUCAGUCAAGUCCAGAGAAAGAUGCCUGGGACAUUCAAAGCAAUUCAGUGGAAUCAUCUUUUAUGGAUUCUUCUGUAGUCUCAGAAUCAGACACAAGUUUGGCAGAAGGAAGUGUCAACUGCUUAGAUGAAAGUCUUGGACAUAACAGCAACAUGGGCAGUGAUUCAGGCACCAUGGGAAGUGAUUCAGAUGAAGAGAAAAAGGCAGAAAGAGCAUCCCCGGAGCCAGAACUGAAUCUCAGGCCGUACCAAAUGGAAGUUGCCCAGCCAGCUUUGGAGGGAAAGAAUAUCAUUAUAUGCCUCCCUACAGGGAGCGGGAAAACCAGAGUGGCCGUUUACAUUGCCAAGGAUCACUUGGACAAGAAGAAAAAAGCAGCUGAACUGGGAAAAGUUAUCGUCCUUGUCAAUAAGGUACCACUAGUUGAACAGCUCUUCCGUAAAGAGUUUCAAAAAUUUUUGAAGAAAUGGUAUUGCAUUACGAGAGUAAGUGGUGAUACCCAAAUGAAAAUAUCAUUUCCAAAAUUUGUCAAGUCCUAUGACAUUAUUAUCAGUACAGCUCAAAUCCUUGAAAACUCCCUUUUAAACUCAGAAAAAGGAGAAGAUGAUGGUGUCCAGUUGUCAGACUUUUCCCUCAUCAUCAUUGAUGAAUGCCACCACACCAACAAAGAAGCAGUCUAUAAUAACAUCAUGAGGCGUUAUUUGAAACAGAAGCUGAAAAACAAUAAGCUCAGGAAAGAGAACAAACCAGUGAUGCCUCUACCUCAGAUCCUGGGACUAACAGCCUCACCAGGUGUCGGCGGGGCCACCAAGCAAGCCAAAGCUGAAGAACACAUCUUAAAAAUAUGUGCCAAUCUUGAUGCAUUUACUAUCAAAACAGUGAAAGAAAACAUCUGUCAACUUAAAGACCAAAUAAAAGAGCCAUGCAAAAAGUUUGUCAUUGCAGAUGACACCAGAGAAGAUCCAUUUAAAGACAGACUUCUGGAAAUAAUGACAAAGAUUCAAACUUUUUGCCAAAUGAACCCAAUGCCAGAUUUUGGAACUCAACCCUAUGAACAAUGGACCAUUAAAAUGGAAAAAAAAGUUAAAGAUAACAAGAAAAUGUUGAAGAAACUGGCUGAAAACCCACAAUAUGAAAAUGAAAAGCUGACCAAAUUAAGAAAUACCAUAAUGGAACAAUAUACAAGGACUGCGGGGUCAGCAAGAGGAAUAAUUUUCACAAAAACACGACAGAGUGCAUAUGCCCUUUCCCAGUGGAUUACUGAAAAUGAAAAAUUUGCAGAAGUAGGAGUCAAAGCCCACCAUCUGAUUGGAGCUGGACACAGCAGUGAGUUUAAGCCCAUGACACAGAAUGAACAAAAAGAAGUCAUUAGUAAAUUUCGCACAGGAAAAAUAAACCUGCUUAUCGCUACCACAGUGGCAGAAGAAGGUCUGGAUAUUGAAGAAUGCAAUAUCGUUAUUCGUUAUGGUCUCGUCACUAAUGAAAUAGCCAUGGUCCAGGCCCGUGGUCGAGCCAGAGCCGAUGAAAGCACCUACGUCCUGGUUGCCCACAGCGGCUCCGGAGUUGUUGAACGUGAGACAGUUAAUGACUUCCGAGAGCAAAUGAUGUAUAAAGCUAUAGACCGUGUUCAAAAUAUGAAGCCAGAGGAGUAUGCUCAUAAGAUUUUGGAAUUGCAGAUGCAAAGUAUAAUGGAAAAGAAAAUGAAAAUCAAGAGAAGUAAUGCAAAGCUUUGCAAGGAAAACCCAUCGUUAAUAAGUUUCCUCUGCAAAAACUGCAGUGUGGUCGCCUGCACUGGAGACUAUAUCCACGUGAUUGAGAAAAUGCACCAUGUCAAUAUGACACCAGAAUUCAAGGAACUCUACAUUGUGAGAGAAAACAAAGCACUGCAAAAGAAGUUUGCAGACUAUCAAACAAAUGGCGAGAUCAUCUGCAAAACAUGUGGCCAGUCUUGGGGAACGAUGAUGGUGCACAAAGGCUUAGAUUUGCCUUGUCUCAAAAUAAAGAAUUUUGUAGUGUCUUUCAAAAAUAAUGCAACAAAGAAACAAUACAAAAAAUGGGUAGAAUUACCUAUCACAUUUCCUGAUCUGGACUAUUCAGAAUAUUGUUUGUUUAGUGAUGAAGAUUGACAUUUGGUUGAAGAUUCUUUUAAAACAUUGUGAACUUAACACUUAACAUGAUUUUGAUUGUUUUUUAUUAUACUAAAGAACUGAUGUAAGAAUUUAAUAAAAUAAUUGUUGUACUUUGAAAUGAGCUGUAUGGAGUAAAACAAUAUAUCAUACUUUUCAUUAUUUAUCUUGUUUAUGGGCAGGGGUAAAGAAAUUCUAUCAAUAAUAUUCAUUAGUAUGGAGCAGUAGGGUGGGGAGUACUGUGGAAAAAAUGCAGAGUAUAAAUGAGGGUCUAAGGUACCAAUUUCAGUUCUGUCACGAAUUUUCAAAAUAAAAUAAGCAAAUCAGUCAU